ACUCUCCACUGCCCAAGAAGGGGCCCAUACGAGAUCCGAGAGACUAGUAUGAUGGUAGGUAUAUGAACCGACCACCAAACCGAUACCAUCAAAAACAGCAAAAUAAGAGAGGAGCUUUGUGUUGUGUCAUUAACACUCGGUUGGCAUCAUACCCGAAAACCAAAACAAUUACUAGUAUUGGAAGAGUGGAUGGAUGGAAGAGGCAUUCAAUGCCAUCGAGUCAGAAUUACAUACUAUAGGCUAUCUGCUCGCGGUCCAGUGUAGUGUAGUACUGGCGGAUGUCCCUCCAUAUUCAAAUCUGCAUCAUUUCAAGCAUCGAGGCCGAGUGCUGCACAUUGUGAAAGUAUUUCGUUUUCUAUUAUAACAUGGUGAUGGUGUACAUCGAGCAUUUUGAAUUCAGUGCUGAAGGAUUUUUAUGAUGAGCUGUUAUAGUUAGAAGUACACGCUGCAUUUGAGCCAUAUUCUGAUCGAGGAGAGGGAAAGUAGAGGGAGGUUUGGAGGAACAAGAUGGAUAUCCUCAUAGAACCGGACUGUUACAAGGUCUGCCGCAUCUGCAUGGAGAACUGUGAGGAGGACUUCGUGUGCGUGUACGACGAGUUCGAGGAUAACAUCCUGAUGGACGUGAUCGCCGAGUGUGCUCGCGUUGAGAUAAGGAAAGACGAUGUACUGCCACGGAAUGUCUGUCGGAAUUGCGCUGAAUAUAUGAUAAUAGCUUACCACAUCAUCCAGAAGUGUCGCGAAUCGGAUCAAACGUUGAGGUCCAUCUUCAAACAUGAGAUCGAUAUCCACAGCCGUAAGGACGAGGAGAAGAUCUUCAGUGCAACGGACUUACAGGAAGAGGACCUCAACCCAGAAGAGUACGAGUUUCUUCUAUCGGAAGCCUACGAUAACAUGAUAUUGAACAACGUGGAUGACCUAAUAGGCGAACAGGUGGACGAGCUGCCGAGUGACUUUCCAGAUUUGGGUCACGUCGACGACGAGAACAUCCCUCCAUUGUUGAGUAACGUCAAAGUUGAACAGCCCCAGGUGGGGAAUCCCCAGCUAGAUCAACAACUUGUUCAAGCAAUGGAACAACCACCUGUUGACGCACACGAAACAAAGCGCUGCUGUGGUUGUAAGCAAGAGUUCGAUACGGAGAUCGAACUGGCGAACCACAGCACUACGGUGCACUUCCACGAGCGGGGCACCGUCAAUGAUCCCACCAGGCCCUUCCGAUGCCACGUGUGCUACAAAUCGUUUGUAACGCUGCAGCAUCUGAAGGAGCACCAGCGAAUCGCCGUCCGUAGAUACUUCUGUCGGCAGUGCGGAAAAGGUAAGGCUUCAAACGACUUCUUCUCCUCAUCAUCACUGGAUCAACUUAACACAGGUUUCAUGACCCAAUCGAAUCUGGAGAACCAUCACAAAUGCCACUACACAUCCGCAGAGACGAAGAAAUGCUGCGGCUGCCGAAGCGAAUUCGAAACCGAAGAAGAACUCACUGCCCAUUCCAUUGUAGUGCACAAACCCGAGCAGAUGGCGGACCCAAGAAGGCCGUUCGAAUGCGCAGUUUGCUACCGUCGUUAUCCAACGCGCAAAUCUCUGGUCAGCCACAAGCGUCUGAAUCAGCAACAUCGUUGCGGUCACUGCGGGGAAAUCUUCGCCAAACGGAUCUUCCUCACAAUCCACGAACGGAACUACCAUCCGAAUGCCCCCAAGGAAGAAGACCCCAAGAGACGUUGCUGCGGGUGUUACCUGGAGUUUCCGAACAUGGAUGAGCUACAGCUACACGCCUCGGCCACCCACAAACUCCAGCGCAACCAGAUAGCGGACGAAACGAAACCCUUCGAGUGCGACAUCUGCUGCAAGCGGUUCAUCUCAACGUUCAGCCUGCAUCACCAUCAGAAGAAGGCCAACCAAGGCCGACGGUACGUGUGCGAAGUGUGCGGUCGGUCGUUCAACCGCGCCUUCGACAAAGCCAACCAUGCCACAACGCAUUCCAACGAGAUGCCCUUCUCGUGCGACAUCUGCGGCCGCCGGUUCAAGAACAAACUCUACCUCAAAAACCAUCACAAGCUGCAUACGACCGGCGAAACGAAGGACUACGCCUGUCCCGAGUGUGGCAAGUGUUUCCGCACCAAGGAUCUCCUGAAAACCCAUUCCAUUACCCAUAGCGAGGAGCGUCGGUUCGUGUGCAGUCUCUGCUCGGCCACGUUCAAGCGGAUGCAGUGCCUUAGAAUCCAUCUCAAGAUUCACAACAAGGAGAAACCGUACGGAUGUACUCUCUGCGAGCGUCGCUACACCCAGUCGUCGGACCUGAAGCGGCACAUGCUGACGCACAGCACCGGCGAUGAAGCGCGACCCUACCAGUGCCAAUACUGCCUCAAGCGUUACCCGCGCAAGGACUAUCUCAAGAUUCACGUCCGGAAGCAACAUCUCGAGAAGGCCGACAUCACGCUGAUCGAGGAGAUGGCAUUCGAACUGCGGGACCACGGAGAUGAUAGCGAUUUUUUGCUUAUUUGAAAUUUUCUAAGUGUGUUCGGGGAAUUGGGCUUUAGCGAAAUCGAUGAAUAAUAUGGCAAUAAAAUGCAGAAUUUUUAA